UGAAGCUGACUAUAGUCCCUCCAUUACAUUUGAAGAAAACAGGAAAUACCUCCUUCUAUAUUUCCUCCGUCUCCAGUGGCUUCAUCGUGAUUCUUCCUGCCUCACUACCAGGCUCCAACAGAUAGGACCCAGGAAGUCAGGCGGGGACCGGGUGGGCUUGUUGAGACUGAUCAGCAUACAUUGUGUAAAGAUUUCUGAAGAUGGAAAAAGGAUACCCACCACACGAGUCCGCUCCACCGUACCCUGGGCCCCCCAUGAACUAUGGGGGUGCAGUGCAGCAGCCAGGGAUGUACCCUCAGCCGGGCUUCUCUCCUGCAGCGCCUCCACCUGCUGUGUAUCAGGGAGGUGUUCCUUUUGCUCCGGCCAUGGCUGCACCUGGCACAACAGUGACUCACUUGGUAGUAACACCGGCACUGCAUGACGCCCCAGGACAAACUGUGUGUCCCCACUGCCAGCAGACAGUGAUCACCAACACAGAGCGCACUGCCGGCCUGAUGACCUGGGCCAUCUGUGGGGGCCUCGCCCUCUUUGGGUGUUUUCUUUGCUGUUGUAUCCCGUUCUGCGUGGAUUCCUGUCAAGAUGUGGCCCAUCACUGUCCUUCCUGCCAAAAAGUCAUUUACGUAUACAAGCGAAUGUAAAAUUAACUAUAUGGGGGAGAAUAUCGUAAUGCUUAUCUGUAGCCUCACUUGCUCGACACAACACUACAACUAAUACUGUGUUAUAUUCACCAUGCAGUGAAACAUUUGUAAUUCCUAUAACAACAAUUAUGCCAAUAAAAAUGACAAAAACAAUUGUUUCUAGCUGUCUGCUGUAGCCACUAAGCCUCACAUUUGGUCCAGUGGUGAAACCGGUUGUUUGCCGGGUGUCUUACGUUUUCUACAGCACUGAUUAGAUUUCAGUGGUCAAAGGUCAUUGUGACCUCAUAAAACACAUUUUUGUCCGUAAUAAGAACUCAUUGGCUAAUAAAUAUUUCAUACCAA